AGCAUUCACGCUGAAACCAGGAACACCUUCGCAUCCUGGCAGGCGACUGAGAGAGUAAACAAGGAGCAGCCAUGGAGAAGAGUUACCUGUCCUUGUUCCUGCUGCUCAUUGCCAUCUCCUGUGCUCUGGCAAAGGAUGCGGGCAAGAAGGAUUCAAAGGACACUACGGCUAAGCCAAAACUGCCUCAGACACUCUCCAGAGGCUGGGGAGACCAGCUCAUCUGGACUCAGACCUACGAGGAGGCGCUUUUCCGAGCCAAGCACAGCCAGAAACCCCUGAUGAUUAUCCACCACUUGGAAGACUGCCCACACAGCCAAGCCCUCAAGAAGGUCUUUGCUGAACACAAAGAUAUACAGAAACUGGCUGAAAAAUUCAUUCUCCUGAACCUUGUGUAUGAAACCACAGACAAGAAUCUUGCCCCUGAUGGCCAGUACGUCCCUCGGGUUUUGUUCAUAGAUCCUUCCCUGACUGUGAGAGCGGAUAUUACUGGAAGAUACUCAAACCGUCUCUACGCAUAUGAGCCCUCUGACAUUUCAUUGUUGUACUCAAAUAUGCAGAAAGCGCUGAAGCUCCUGAAGACUGAACUGUAAGAGGAAGAAGAAAGCCCUUAAAUAUUCUGGAGUCUUAUCUUCGAUCUCUUCUCCACACCUUGAUACUGGUGAAGAGACUAUUUAGAGUGAUAUUUAGUGAUGUGUAGUGAUGGUUUCUAUACAUAAACGCUACCGUUUUACAUUAGCACUUUUGUACUGGGAAGCAUUUUUAAAAGCUGGAGGCUUUUAUUUUAAGGCGUACAGAAGAAUACUGUAUGAUUCAACUGUAAAAAUGAUUUUUUUAAAAAUAAAUUCAUUUCAAGUGUUUACAUACAAAA